AAAAAAAUCCAUAUCUAAAAAAGCAAUCACAAAGAAGAGGAAAACUGUCACAAAGUCACCUACUGUACCAGAAUUUCAGCUUAUUUGCACUAAUCUUGAUGAACUCAGGGAAUUAAUCACAAAAAUCGAGAAUGAACUCAAAGAUCUGGAAAACAGUAGAAAAAAAUCGGGUAAAUGGUAUCAUCGAAGGCAAGCUGUAAAAGAAUUGCAUAGUACAUUGAUACGUCUUUUAAAUGAAUUGCUGCCAUGGGAACCAAAGUUAAUGAAGGCUUUUCAAAGAAACAGGAGUCGCCUAAAGAAAGACUAUGAUGAUUUCAGAAGACAACCUGAUCAUGAUCAAUUUACUAGAGAACUAUGGACUACUGAAGAGGGUGAAGGAGAUACUGAGAAAGAAUCUCCUAGAGUAGAAAUCAGUAAGUCUGUAGACUCAACAGAACCUCUAGAUAUCCUGGAGAAAGAUCACUUUGAUUCAGAUGAUAUGAAAUUGUUAGAAAUAGAUUUUUCUGUGGCCAGAAGCAAGCUGUUGAAAAAGGAAUUGCCUUCUAAAGAUGUACCGAAGAUACUGCCUAAAACACUUAAACGACAGUCCAAACAAACUAGUUAUCUGGAUGAUAGCACAAAAGAGCUUUCCCCAAGGAAGAAAGCAAAGUUAAGCACAAGUGAGACAACAGUUGAACAUUUAGAAGGUGGUAUUCAGAUUGACUGUUUGAAUGAAUCAAAGCGUACAGAGCCAUCAUUUCUGGAGUCAUUUGCCUCAGUGGAUUCAAUACCAGUGUCUACUCUACAGAAAGGGACCAAACCUAUUCAGGCCUUGCUUGCAAAGAAUAUUGGGAACAAAGUGACCUUAACAAAUCAACUGCCCUCUUCCACAGGUAGAAGUGCUCCUGCUCUGGAAAAACCAGUUGUAUCUCCUCCAGAAGCAAGCCCCAUAAAGCCAGCAUUGACCUGCCAAAACAGUACAAAAGGUCCUUUACAGAUGGUAUACAAGAUGCCCUGUGGCCAGUGGUUGCCAGUAGAUCUUCACAACAGCUCAGUAAAGAUUCAGAUGCAACCUGUGAUGGAUCCUAAAACAGGAGAGAAAAUCAUGCAGCAGGUUCUUAUUCUGCCUAAGAAUUUUGUGAUUCAGCACAAGGAAGGAAAAGCAGUUGCAAAGGAACCACUUCAACAAAAAGGUAUAGAACAACAUUGUUCAACCUUCCCACAGACAGCAAAUGUAAACUCUUUAACAUCAGUUCUUGUCAACUCAACAGGAACUAUUUCUUCCCAGCUCCCUAAUACUGUUGUUAACAAGACAAUUACACCUUCAUCAAAUGUGAGCAGUGCUAGGCCACAGCCUUUGUUGCCUGUAACCUCUGUAAGUAAUUUAUUAACACAGCCAGUUAAGACUAUCCUGAGUGAGGCAGGAAAAGUCAAGAGUGCAGUUUCAGCAGCCACAUUCCCCCAGCCCAUUGAUUCUUCACCCACUGGUUCCUCAGUAGCUCAGCCUCUGUUAUCAGCAACAACACUAAGUGGAUCUACAACUCCUGGUAAUUCCCUCAACUGUUUUGCACAACAGACUGGUGAUUCUUCUGAAGCAAAGCAAGAACUGAAAACUGUAUGUAUAAGAGAUUCACAGUCAAUUCUUGUUAGAACACGAGGUGGAAGAGUUGUAAAAGUACAGACCAGUUCAGAUCAAAAUUCACCCAAUAGUUUAUCUUCAAAUUCAGUUUUCACUUUUGCUCCUCAGCUUCAGGCAUUUCUGAUGCCAAAAUCAACAGCUUCAUCAUCCUCCACAUUUUCACCAGUAACUGGAACAACAGCUACACCUAGUCUCCCACCUUUUGGCCAAACACCAACUUCUGUUUCCAUUCCAUCUGGCUUUACUCCAUCCAUGGGGAAAAAUCUCAAGCUUACAUUAGGCCAGUCUUCUGGCAGAGGUAAUUUAGGCCAUAUGACAGAUAAAAUUUCACACAUGCCCUCUUCUCCCUUGAAGUCCUCUGUUUCUUCUAGCACUCUACUACCAUCAACAACAAAUAGUUCAGUAAAUGUAAUUAGCAUAUCAACAGGAAAUUUUGGACAAACCAAUGCAAAUAUUCAUACUUCAACUAAACAGCAACAAGUAGAUUAUUUCACGAAAAGUUACCCUGUUACAAGAUCGGAAGCAACAGCAGCAACAGAUGGAGAUGUGAUAAGUGGAACUUCAGUACAGAAACUUAUGCUGGUGUCUGCUCCAUCUAUUCUUUCUUCUGGCAGUGGAACUGCAAUUAAUAUGACACCUGCACUGACAUCUACAGGUGUUUCAACCCAGAAAUUAGUUUUUAUAAAUGCUCCAGUUCCCAGUGGCACCUCAACCCCAACUAUUGUUGCAGAAUCAUUAAAACAAACUCUUCCUCCCCCCUUAAAUAAAACAUAUGUUAAGACUUCAGAGCAACCCCAAUUGGUACUAAUUCCAUCUACAGUGGGAGCACCAAUAAAAAUAAAUUCAUCACCAACUGUGUCUCAGAUAAAAGAUGUGAAAAUUGGACUAAACAUAGGUCAAGCAAUUGUAAAUACAUCAGGCACUGUACCAGCCAUACCAUCAAUUAACAUAUUGCAAAAUGUAACCCCAAAAGGAGAAGACAAAAGUAGCAAGAGCUAUGUUUUGCCAUUGUCAACAACUGGUAAUUCAAUUCCAGUAAGCUCAAAUUUUAUGAGUCAGAAUAUUUCUCCCGUUAAUGAAUCAGUGGUUUCUGCAGCAAGAGCAGUAAACAUGUUUUCUGUAACAGGAGCAAAUGUGUCUUUGGGUUCCCUUUCAGUGACCUCAACCUCUGCUUCAGUUGGGACACAAUCUUCUGUUUUAGUUAGUGGAAAUGAUACCUCUUCAAGAAUGAUGCCUAUUUUGUCAAACAGACUUUGCACGUCAAAUCUCGGAAACACUGUGGCUAUAUCAACUGUGAAAACAGGACAUCUUGCAUCAUCUGUUCUGAUUUCAACUACACAACCAACAGUGUCUCCUAAAUGUUUAGCAUCAACGUUACAAAUCCCUGUUACUGUUGCCUUGCCUACACCUGUGACUGCAUCUCCUAAAAUAAUCAACACAGUUCCACACUCAGCAACAGUACCAGGAACUGCACGUUCUGUAUCUCUUUCUAAAAAACAAUCUCGAACUUCUCUCCAAUUUCAGUCACCAGGGAUUUCUACUGCAGUGCCAACAAAUGUAAACACAAAUAAACCUCAGACUGAAUUAUCAUCCCUUUCACCAAGUCCAGGUAAAAUAGUUAAUAUUUCCAAUUUUGCUCCUCUGCCAAACCAGCAAGUGUCCCCUGCUUUAGUAAAAUCAACCCUCAGUUACAGUUCUGCUCCAGGUGUCUCUGCCAUUCACACCGCUAUAGCACCAUCAAAUGUAACCAGCCUAGUAGGGGGUCAUAUCAGUGAACCUUGUAUUCAGCAAAAAAUAGUCAUCAACACCAGUACACCUUUGGCACCUGGUACUCAGAUCAUGAUUAAUGGAACUCGAUUUAUUGUUCCGCCACAAGGUCUUGGAGCUGGCAGCCAUGUCCUCCUGAUAUCUACUAACCCAAAAUAUGGACCUCCCUUAGUUCUUCACAGUGGCCAAGGCAUUCAGCCUACGUCAGUAGAUAACCCUGCCCAGAAGAUCACAUUAGCAUCAAAUAAUUCUUUAAGCAGGCAACCUACAAAACAUUCUCUGAGAAGCUCUACAAAAAUUGUAAACUCUCUUGGGAACAUGAGUUCUCUACCCAUAAUACAUGCACCAUCACAAAUCAUAAAUACAACUGCUAAAGUUUCUGUUCCAACUCCAGUACCAACAGUACCAUUGACUUCAGUAAUUAAGUCUCCUCCAGCUACUCUUUUGGCUAAGACAUCUUUGGUUUCUGCCAUUUGCUCCAGUAAUCCCCCUCUGCCAAGUAGUACUUCGGUUUAUCAUUUGGACACAUCUGUCAAAAAAUUGUUGGUUAGCCCAGAAGGAGCCAUUUUGAAUACCAUAAAUACCCCAGCAUCUAAGGUUUCUUCACUCUCUUCAUCUCUCUCUCAGAUUGUUGUAUCUGCCAAUCGAAAUCCCACCUCUGUCUUCCCUGCUUUUCAAUCUUCUGGCUUAGAGAAGCCUGACACAGCUGCAUCUUGAAUUUAGACAACACGAGCCAGUUUUUAAAUAAUGGGGCAUUGUUUUGACUCCCAUAAGAAUUUUAACUUUAUUAUAAUGUUGAACACAUAAUAUACAUAGUUUGUGUAUGUAUGGUUGUGUGCAUGUGUGGUGUGUGUGUGUGUGUGUGUGUGUGUGUGUGUGUUUUAAUGUAUCUUUUCAUUAGCUUACAAGGCUUGUUUUCUUGGGGAGGGAAUAAACUUGUUCCAUUUCACUCACUGAUACGAGGAUGUCCUCAAAGAUUCUUUGUUUAAAGUACAUGGUCAGGAUUUACCUGUCUGUAUAACAUAAAUGGAACAAAGUUUGACUAGUUUAGAGUAAGCUACCCUUUUGCACACUUAAAUUGACAUGUUUCUUGAAUUUGGACUGUUGCAGUGUAUCUACAAUAUGGUAUUCUGUGUCAUUAGUGAAAUAUUAUUUUUGUUUCUGUAAAAAAAUAUAUAUAUAUAUUUAUGCAUUGUGAAAAUGCAGUCCAUGGUGUAAAAUUGUACAUAUUCCUAAAUCCCUAACAACCUCUACUAAAUAUAUGUACAAAGAAUGAUGCUGUCUUAUUUAUGUUUUGUUUACAUAAUGUAUAGUUUUUUAAGUAUUUUAGUAAUUUUGGACCAGUGAACUGUUAGCAACAGUGCAGAAGAAUCUGCAUGUAAUAAACUGAGUUGCUGUAUUUCUUUGUUUGAAUACCAUUUUUAAAGUGUGUUCUUAUUCCAUUGAAAGAAUACAUGGUAUAAAUGGCAGUCCUUACCAAAAGGAAUUAAGGCUAGGGAAUGUGAAUUAAUAAUCGCUAGCAUUUGUACAGGCUUUACAGUUUACAGUUUUUACUUUCACCUAUCUCAUUUGAUUUUUAGAGAAUUCUUUAAGAAAUUAAGUGACGUGGGGGACCAGC